CGCUGCCCGCGGAUUCCUACCCGCCCCCCAACCCCCGGGAGGUGCGAUGAGCAUCGCCCCGGUCUCAGCCCCGCUCCGGGGCCCUUUAAGGCGCGAGCUCGGGGCCGCCCUGACGUCAGCGGGCGGGCGCGCCCGGAGCCGCAGCCCCGCUCAGCUCCCGCACCCGCUGCCCACCCUGAGCUGUGCCAUGGCCCAGGGCUGCGGGGAGGGGCAGAUCGCGGGGCUGUACGACCUGCAGCGCACGCUGGGCAAGGGCCACUUUGCGGUGGUGAAGCUGGCGCGGCACGUCUUCACCGGGCAGCGCGUGGCCGUCAAGGUGAUCGACAAGAGCAAGCUGGCCGGGGGGGCGGCGGGGCAGCUGCUGCAGGAGGUGUGCUGCAUGAAGCUGGUCCAGCACCCCAACGUGGUGCGCCUCUACGAGGUGAUCGACACCCACGCCAAGCUCUACCUCAUCCUGGAGCUGGGCGACGGCGGCGACAUGUUCGACCACAUCAUGCGGCACGAGGGCGGGCUGGCCGAGGCCAGGGCCAAGCACUACUUCGCCCAGAUCGUCCACGCCAUCUCCUACUGCCACAAGCUCCACGUGGUGCACCGUGACCUCAAGCCCGAGAACGUGGUCUUCUUCCAGGAGCAAGGGGUGGUCAAGCUCACCGACUUCGGCUUCAGCAACCGCUUCCAGCCCGGCGAGAUGCUCACCACCAGCUGCGGCUCGCUGGCCUACUCGGCACCUGAGAUCCUGCUGGGGGACGAGUAUGAUGCCCCAGCUGUUGACAUCUGGAGCCUGGGGGUCAUCCUCUACAUGCUGGUGUGUGGCCACCCCCCCUUCCAGGAGGCCAACGACAGCGAGACCCUAACCAUGAUCAUGGACUGUCGUUACACCGUCCCCCCGCACGUCUCGGCGGAGUGCGCUGAUCUGAUCUCCAGGAUGCUGCAGCGGGACCCCAAGCAACGAGCCUCCCUGGAGCAGAUCGAGGCCCACGCGUGGCUGCAGGGGGUGGACCCGUCCCCCGCCAGCCGCUGCCGCCUGCCCCUCACCUCCCACAAACGCCUCUCCCAGGAGGAGCACGAGAUCAUCCUGCGGGCCAUGACCUGCGGGAACAUCGCUGACCGGGACGCCAUCCAGGAGGCGCUGGAGGCCGAUCGCUACAACCACAUCACGGCCACCUACUUCCUGCUGGCUGAGAGGAUGCUGCGGGAGAAGCAGGAGAAGCAGGAGAAGCAGGGCCACCACCUCAGCCUCGUCUACAACCUGGCCAAGGAGGUACAGAGCAGGACCAACUUAUCAGGCACGUUCAGCCCGCUGGGCAGCCCUGCUGGCAUCUCACCCUUCACGGAGGUGCCAGAUGGCCUCGCUGGGGGGGCCCGGCUGCCCUCCCUGCCCAGCAGAGGGGACACCCGGCAGCCCCCGGGGAGCCUGCUGAAGGUCCCAGCUGUAGACACCACCAUCACCAAGAGCACCCCGGCCCUGCAGCAGAUCUGCGAGGAGGAAGAGGAGGAGGAGGAGGAGGAAGAAGGCAGGCCCAGCGCCAUGGAGAGGAAGAGCAGCUCGCUGAACCAGGAGCAGAUGGGAGCCUUCCUGCGCGCCCGCGGGGAGGUCUGGGGGCCGGGGGCUGAGCUGGGGGGCCGGGGUGGGCGCCCGGGGGCAGCCUGGGUGGGGAAGGGCCUGAGCCGGGGUCCCCUGGUGAUGUGGGGGGAUGGAGCUGAGCCCCCCAGGAGGGAGGAGGACACAGAUCCUGGAGGCUCCUCAGCAGAGCCCCCAGGGGAACGGGGAGCCACCCCGCCAGCCCAGAGCGGCUCUGCUGGGGUCCCAUGGGUGCGGGGGGCAGAGAUGGCCCCUGUCACCCUCCCCAGCCCCACGGACAAGUCCCCAGAGCAGGGAGCAUCUACCAGCCCGUCCCAGCAGUCGGGGGAGAGCUCAGGCCUGGGGGGCACCGAGGGGGGCACGGAGAACGUGAUCAAGCUGGACCCUGGCAAGAGCAAGGGGGGCAGCCUGCGGGACAGGCUCCUGCAGUUCCCACUCUGUGAGAAAGCCCUGGCCUUCAAACUCCAGCCAGGCUCCAAGGAGAACCUCCUCUCCCUGGGGCAGUUCAACUGCUGCCACGUCAUCUAAUCCCCCCCGGGGUGAGGGUCCCAGAGGGUGCUGCCCCCUCCCCACCCCCCACACCUGCUUUGUCACCCGUGGUGGCCACCCAACCAGCACCCACCCUGGGCACCCACUGCAGUGCCUGGGGCCAGGCUGGCACAGACCUCCCCAGGCUGGGGCUGCCUGGGGUGGGGGGGUGGGUGAGUUGAGUUGGGGUCCAUCCCCACCCACCCCACAUCUCCCCAGCCCCCCCGGGGGUGACGGAGGGGGGGGGCAGCUCCACGGCCCCGCCGAGGUUGGACGCCGCGGGUUUUUUUUAAAAACGACUAGAAAGAAUUUUUUUAAAUAGUCUAUUUUAAUGUAACGAAAUAGAGAUUGCUAUAUCCCCCCCCCCCUAACCCCUCCCGGGGAUGGCAGCACCCCCAGAGCCCCCCAGGGCCCCCCCAGGGCCAGCCUGUCCUGCCCGUGGUGGCCGUGGGGCCAGCACUUGCCUGCCUGCAGCCCCCCUGCCAUCCAUGCCCUCCCCCCCCUGCCUCCCCGAGGCUGGGGCCUGGCACAGCCCUGCCCGUGGCUCUGCCUGACCCUAACCCUCCCCCCCCCCCCCCCAAAUCAGCUUCCUAUUUAUUAAUCACCUCUUUGUUUUCUUGCUGGCAAGAAAUGAAGGGCGGUGUCGCGGGCCGGAGCUCGGCCCGAGCCGCGCGGAAGGGCUGGGAGCAAAGCUCGUCGGGCCAAUAAAAGGAGCUCGUGGGUCA